AUGGUUGCAGAAACUCCCCUUUGGAGAAAUGGGCCCCCUGAGAAACCUGUAUUGUGCAAUGCAUGUGGAUCAAGGUGGAGGAUUAGGGGGACUCUUGAAGACUAUAUUCCCAAGCAUGCUCUUGCUGUUAUGACUAGCCAUGCCAGAGACAGGACUCAAAAUCCUCAUCAACAUAAGUUACCUCUUGAGAGAACAUUUGUGAGUCACCCCAAUAUUAUGGUUCAUAAUGAAAGCCACUCAGAUACUAAAGAGAAUGCUAUAAGAUAUGAUGACCCAUAUUCAAGUGGUUUGGGAGAUAACGCAAGCCAUAGAAGUAGUUCGGGGUCCUCUUCAAUAUCAUGCUCUGAUCAUAGCCACACGGAGCUGCUGAGUUCAAUCCCCUGCUCAAAUAAUUGGAACUCUAACGUUCCAUCGAGAAAAAGGUCACUGGUUCAAUACCGUAAUCUAACAUUUGUUGAAAAACUCCAGAAGGACCUUUAUGAUAUUCUACAAAAUGAAGAGCCUACUACUUUGUCUGAGUGCCCAGAUGGGAAUCUCAUCUAUUAUGAAAAUAGUGGUAAUCCUGAAAUCGGUCUGGGAGUGCUUCUGCUAAAACCGCCUAUCGUUUCGGCUCAGCAAGAAUCUAAGACAUUUAAAAGUGAAGAUGAUAACUCCUAGUGAUCCAGCUGUCAGAGUAUUGUUAACCUUCUCUACAUAUACACAAAAGGUUCAAAGGAAAUAACAAAGGAGAUGGAGAGGUUCCAUUAAGAGUCGAGUACUUAGCUGCUGGAUUUUAGUUAUCAUUUCAACCUUUCGAGAGUGAGUGCAUCUAAUGGGAGGAAACAAAAGUAUAAUUGGAUUUGUUUAGAUAGAUAUCCUUAUGUUGCUUGUUUAUAUAUCUUAAUAAUUUGCUUUGUAUUUUGUCUAAAAACUUCUCAUUAAUCCUUGAAGAACCAAAAGAAUUUCUGAAACAAGACACACAACUGGAAGAUGCAAAACGAGAAGAAUUUCUAGAAGGGCGAACUACAUCCAUACACGCUGACUGAUUUUAUUAUUUAUGGAUGUUUACAGUGUUGUAGACAUUACACUUUCUUUAUAAAUCAGAAGGGAAUAAUAUACAAAAAGGUCAAAUAAUGAUUUCCGACCAGCCUUGAUAUUCAGCACUUUCCAUUCAUGCUGCUGCUAUCCAUUUCGGCUGCUCAACACGUUUAGAUUCUGUGCUGCUUUCC